AUGGCAACAUGUAGAUCCAGAGCCUUCAUCCUGGCCCUCCUUUUCCUCAGCUCCCUCUCAUCCCUUUAUUUCAGCCUCCUGGCCGACAAGCUCUUUCUGCAUGAACGUAAUCCAGAUGUUCCUCAGAGGAACAUCAGCAUCUUGCUUUGGCACUGGCCGUUUGGACACCACUACAGACUUGAUGGAGAUAUAUGCCAUAAGAUGUACAACAUCAGCCACUGUUUCCUCAGUGACAAUACUUCUGCCUUCCCCACAGCUGAUGUGGUGGUCUUCCACCAUCAAGAACUGAGCAAAGGUCUGUCCUCACUGCCUUUUGAACUGGAUCGCCCAGCCUCCCAGCAUUGGGUGUGGCUGUCCUUGGAGCCUCCUGUCAACAACGAAAGACUCAAACAUUUCAAUGGCGUCUUCAACUGGACUAUGACCUACAGACGAGAUGCAGACAUACACAUCCCUUAUGGAAAGACCCUGCAAGGAGGUGAUGAUCUCAGCUACCCGGCUGCUGCAAAUCGUUCCUGCCUGGUCAGCUGGGUGGUCAGCAAAUACCGACCUCAACAGUCUCGGUCUAGUGUUUACCAAAGGCUAAAGAAUCACAUCCCCAUAGAGUUGUAUGGCAUGUGGAAUAAGAGGCCCCUGUCUAGGAAAAAGCUGUUGCCCACCAUUGCAAAAUGUUUUUUUUACCUGGCAUUUGAGAACUCUGAGGUGACGGACUACAUCAGCGAGAAGCUGUGGAGGAAUGCCUUCCAAGCAGGAGUUGUACCGGUGGUUCUUGGUCCCAGCAAGGCUACCUAUGAGGCCCUCGCUCCUCCUGGUUCCUUUAUCCACGUGACUGAUUUUGCAUCCACAGCUGAUCUGUCUGCCUAUCUGAAGCAUCUGGCUUCAGACAGGCAGGCCUAUGAAGCAUACUUUCAGUGGCAUCGCACUCACAGGAUCAAAACCUACACUGAUUGGAGAGAAAGGCUGUGCCAAAUCUGUUUAAGAUACCCCCAUUUACCUGCCAACAAAGUCUAUCAGGACCUGGAGAGCUGGGUUUACAGUUAG